CUAUCUAUCUUUGUUGUUUUGUCUUAUUUAAACCAUUAUUUUCUUGACAGGGAACCGCUAUCCAGGGCUUUAUCGCAGCUGGGAAGAUUGAGGCUUACUUGCGACACCUGAGAGCUGGUGGGACUUAUCGACUCCACAAUUUUUUCGGUCCCAGAGCAAGCCUAAUUACCGUGUAGCUGAUCCAGAUGUGAUGAUCAACUUCUCAUGGAACUCUGUGCUCUCAGAGCUGGUGGAUAGCUCGGACCGUUUCCCUGUGGAUCGGAUCCGCACCCAUGGGUACGAAGCACUUGAUGCUGCUUGUGAUAUGAAAGGUGAUCUAUAUGAUUACAUUGGACACAUCAAACUUGUGAAUGGGCAGGUUCUCAGUGAUGGUCUCUUACUCGAUGAUCCCAGCAUUGCUGCUUCCCGCCGAGUUGAUCUUCAUGUUCAGAAACAUGACGAGCCCGUGUUGAAGCUGUGUCUCUGGGAUCAGGCUGCUGCUGAGUUUUGGAAGAAAUUUAAAGCAUCUGCAGGCGCUGCCCGUGUUAUCCUGGUCACUACCUUGAACCCAAAAUGUUACGGAGUCUUAUCUCUGUCCUCCAUGACGCCAUCUCGUGUGUUUUUGGAUGAUGAUAUCCAAGAAACCCGGGACUACCUUAGCUGGUUUAUCUCGAACCAGGAAGUUGCCAACAGGAUCAUUGCGGAUGUGGUCGUGAAACCUGAGAAUGCGACACUGGGUGAGCUCUUCACAUAUAUGAAGAAGGCGUCUGCUAAGGUUGCUUGGUUUGAAUGCACAGCCACAAUUGAUGAUGUUGUGCAUGGAACUAAGUGGUAUUACAUAGGGUGUGGUGAGUGCCAUACCAAGGCAACUAGAGGGCCCACAACCCUCAUGUGCAAGAAGUGUGGGAAGAGCGAGAUUGUUGGCGUGGCUCAAUACCUGACCAAGCUAUCGGUCUAUGACAACAAGGAUCAAGCUUUCUUGGUCUUACUUGGUGACACUGGUGAAGAGUUGUUUGGGAAGAAGGCUGCAACAUUGGUGGAGAACUACUACGAGGCGAAUGAAGAUGCUGGAGAAGAUGACAUUGUUCCAGUUCCACAAGUUAUGAUUGACACCAUUGGACAGACAAGGAAGUUCAUUGUGAAGGUGUCAACCCACAACUUAGCUGGGAAGACUCAGACUUUAACUGUGACAAAGGUGUUACCUCCUGAGGUGUUGGGUGUCCAAGCUGAAGAGGUCGGUGAUGAAGGGGAUGAUCAUGCAUCUGGGUCGGUGAAAAGGGCUGCUGAUGGAGAUGCGUCCGAGGGUGUGAAGCGUGCUAGAAGUGGCUAA